UCCGCCCCCUCCGCCAGUGGUGGCGCCGGGUUGCAGCGCCGGUCGUGGCGGUUUCGGUGCCCGAAGCCGGGAGCGCGGAGUCGUUCCCGGGAGCGGCGGCCAGGCUAUGAUCGUGGGUCCCCGGCGUCCCGCUCCGGCGACCCAGAGUCGGUGUCUCACCCUGUGUCCGUACCCGAGCGUUCUCUUCAGCCCAGUCCCGCGGCGCGGUUGGCGGCGGCGCCCACGGCGCGCCCCCUCCUCCGAUGGCGGCAGAGAUUCAGCCCAAGCCGCUGACCCGCAAGCCGAUCCUGCUGCAGCGGGUCGAGGGGUCCCAGGAGGUGGUGAAUAUGGCCGUGAUCGUGCCCAAGGAGGAGGGCGUCAUCAGCGUCUCAGAGGACAGGACUGUUCGUGUGUGGUUAAAGAGAGACAGUGGACAGUAUUGGCCAAGCAUAUACCAUGUAAUGCCUUCUCCAUGUUCAUGCAUGUCUUUUAACCCGGAAACAAGAAGACUGUCCAUAGGUCUAGACAAUGGUACAAUCUCAGAGUUUAUUUUAUCGGAAGAUUAUAACAAGAUGACUCCUGUGAAAAACUAUCAAGCACAUCAGAGCCGAGUGACGAUGAUCCUGUUUGUCCUGGAGCUGGAGUGGGUGCUGAGCACGGGACAGGACAAGCAGUUCGCCUGGCACUGCUCCGAGAGUGGACAGCGCCUGGGAGGCUAUCGCACCAGUGCUGUGGCCUCGGGCCUGCAAUUUGAUGUUGAAACCCGGCAUGUGUUUAUUGGUGACCACUCAGGCCAAGUAACCAUCCUCAAACUGGAGCAAGAAAACUGCACCCUGGUCACAACAUUCCGAGGACAUACAGGUGGGGUGACUGCUCUCUGCUGGGACCCCGUCCAGCGGGUGCUGUUCUCGGGGAGCUCCGAUCACUCUGUCAUCAUGUGGGACAUCGGCGGGAGGAAAGGAACAGCCAUCGAGCUCCAAGGACACAAUGACAAAGUCCAGGCCCUGUCCUAUGCACAGCACACGCGGCAGCUCAUCUCCUGUGGCGGUGACGGUGGGAUUGUCGUCUGGAACAUGGACGUGGAACGGCAGGAGACUCCUGAAUGGUUGGACAGCGAUUCCUGCCAAAAGUGUGACCAGCCCUUUUUCUGGAACUUCAAGCAAAUGUGGGACAGUAAGAAAAUUGGCCUGAGACAGCACCACUGCCGGAAGUGCGGGAAGGCGGUCUGCGGCAAGUGCAGCUCCAAGCGCUCCUCCAUCCCUCUGAUGGGCUUCGAGUUUGAAGUGAGAGUGUGUGACAGCUGCCACGAGUCCAUCACAGACGAGGAACGUGCGCCCACGGCCACCUUCCAUGACAGCAAACAUAACAUCGUGCACGUGCAUUUUGAUGCCACCAGAGGAUGGUUACUGACUUCGGGAACUGACAAGGUUAUUAAGGUAGGAUGCCGUCUUAUUUUAGAAGCUGCCUGUCUUUGGCCCUGUGUAAAUACACAGCAGCACCAAGACUAUAUCAGGUCUGCUCCAAAGGCUGCCCCUGGCGGUGAGCAUCUUUGAGAAGCCAGCAUGUACUGGGUACUGUCACUGGCCGUGCACAUAAAAAUAAGACAUGGCUCUUGCCUAAAAGGAACAGCUCGUCUCCUGGGGACAUACUCUUAAAAAGACAGUUAAUAAUCGGUCACAUGUUCAGCAGCCAUAUACGGACAAGAAUUUUUCAAAGAGUUCAAGAGAGGGAGAUGGUGCUGCUGGAGAUGCCUUCAGGAGGGAAGUGGGGUUUGGGCUGAGCUUGGAAUAAGCCAAGUAAUAAACAAGAUCUUCUCCCAGGGAGAUCACUUAAUGCAGAAGCCUCCCUCCAGGGCCUGAGAUCUGUCCUAGGCCACGUGGACCCAGUGCCAUAGCAGAGGCCCAGGGCUGAAAGGGCCUCACCUGCCUCUCUCGCUGAGCUGCAGAGAGGCACAGGCUCGCCUGGUUCAUUGAUGUCCACUUCCUGGGCCCUUCUGGUCCCUUCUUGGUGGCACAGCAGGAUGAGGUGGUUAAAAUAACCCCUUUGGACGCCACCAGAUCUCUGGGACUUUGAGCGAGUUUAAAGCAAAUUCUCGGAGUCUUGGUUCCUUUCUUUUUGAAAAUGAGACAGCUCACAGAACUGUUUGGAAAAUGAGGUGAGAUAUAGAAAGGACACAGUACAUCCUGGUACCCACUUGUUGUCUCAUAUAUGCUACUUCCCUCUCCUCAAAUGCGUCUUAUCCGCCUUUAUCCUCCACCAGCUGGAUUAAGGUUUCUGGCUGCCACUCCCUGAUUUUGGGCACUAUGUUGAACUUUCCGAUGGACAAUAUUUUAUAGAUUUCAAAAUGUGUUUUAAAGAUUUCUAAAUGAUGUUCGUAUAGCACUUAGUUCCUGGUUAAAUUAAAAAACAGACUUGAAGUCAAUUGUAAGGACAGUUGAUCCUCAACACAAUCGAAUGGUGGUUCAUCAGA